UCGAAAGCAGGCAGUGCCACUGGAAUGGAUGGGAUACCCUACGAAACAUGGAGGGCCCUACAUGAAAAGCACCUUGAAGCAGUUAGGAACGACAAACAAAGCUUCAAUGUAAUAAAAAUGAUGACGCACAUCUUUAAAGACAUACAACAACACGGUGUCCUGUGUGACUCUGAAUUU